GCCCGCGCCGCGCCCCCGCGCCGGGUCCGCGCGUCAGUCGGUGCCGAGCGCGUCUGCGGGGCGGCGGGCAGCAGCCGGCCGAGCGCGCCCACCCGGGGAGGCGGAGGGCUUCGCGGGCGUCGCCGCGGCAGGCUCAGAGCCCGGAGACUCGCGCUGCGCCAUGGCCCCCAUUGGCCUCAAAGCCGUGGUCGGAGAGAAGAUCAUGCACGAUGUGAUAAAGAAGGUCAAGAAGAAGGGAGAGUGGAAGGUGCUGGUGGUGGACCAGCUGAGCAUGAGGAUGCUGUCGUCCUGCUGCAAGAUGACGGACAUCAUGACGGAGGGGAUCACAAUUGUGGAAGACAUCAACAAGCGCAGGGAGCCGCUGCCCAGCCUGGAGGCCGUGUACCUCAUCACGCCGUCUGAAAAGUCUGUCCACUCGCUCAUCAGCGACUUCAAGGACCCACCAACCGCCAAGUACCGGGCUGCACACGUGUUCUUCACCGACUCCUGCCCGGACGCCCUGUUCAACGAGCUGGUCAAAUCCCGCGCGGCCAAAGUCAUCAAGACGCUGACGGAGAUCAACAUCGCGUUCCUCCCCUACGAGUCCCAGGUGUACUCCCUGGACUCGGCCGACUCCUUCCAGAGCUUCUACAGCCCCCACAAGGCCCAGAUGAAGAGCCCCAUCCUGGAGCGCCUGGCCGAGCAGAUCGCCACCCUGUGUGCCACGCUGAAGGAGUACCCCGCCGUGCGGUAUCGGGGGGAGUACAAGGACAACGCCCUGCUGGCCCAGCUGAUCCAAGACAAGCUGGACGCCUACAAAGCCGACGACCCCACCAUGGGCGAGGGCCCGGACAAGGCGCGCUCCCAGCUCCUGAUCCUGGACCGCGGCUUCGACCCCAGCUCCCCCGUCCUCCACGAACUGACCUUCCAGGCCAUGAGCUACGACCUGCUGCCCAUUGAAAAUGAUGUCUACAAGUACGAGACGAGCGGCAUCGGGGAGGCGCGGGUCAAGGAGGUGCUGCUGGACGAGGACGAUGACCUGUGGGUGGCUCUGCGCCACAAGCACAUCGCGGAGGUGUCCCAGGAAGUGACCCGGUCGCUGAAGGACUUUUCCUCGAGCAAGAGAAUGAACACGGGGGAGAAGACCACCAUGCGGGACCUGUCCCAGAUGCUGAAGAAGAUGCCGCAGUACCAGAAGGAGCUCAGCAAGUACUCCACCCACCUGCACCUGGCCGAGGACUGCAUGAAGCACUACCAGGGCACCGUGGACAAGCUCUGCCGGGUGGAGCAGGACCUGGCCAUGGGGACGGACGCCGAAGGGGAGAAGAUCAAGGACCCCAUGCGAGCCAUCGUCCCCAUCCUGCUGGACGCCAACGUCAGCACCUACGACAAGAUCCGCAUCAUCCUGCUCUACAUCUUCCUGAAGAACGGAAUCACCGAGGAGAACCUGAACAAGCUGAUCCAGCACGCGCAGAUCCCCCCGGAGGACAGCGAGAUCAUCACCAACAUGGCGCACCUCGGGGUGCCCAUCGUCACCGACUCCACGCUGCGUCGCAGGAGCAAGCCGGAGCGGAAGGAGCGCAUCAGUGAGCAGACCUACCAGCUGUCCCGCUGGACCCCGAUCAUCAAGGACAUCAUGGAGGACACGAUCGAGGACAAACUCGACACCAAGCACUACCCGUACAUCUCCACCCGCUCCUCCGCCUCCUUCAGCACCACCGCUGUGAGCGCCCGCUACGGGCACUGGCACAAGAACAAAGCCCCCGGGGAGUACCGCAGCGGCCCCCGCCUCAUCAUCUUCAUCCUGGGCGGCGUGAGCCUGAACGAGAUGCGCUGCGCCUACGAGGUGACCCAGGCCAACGGCAAGUGGGAAGUGCUCAUCGGUUCUACUCACAUUCUCACUCCCACCAAAUUUCUCACGGACCUGAGACACCCCGACUUCAGGGAGUCCUCUAGGGUCUCUUUUGAGGAUCAGGCUCCAGCAAUGGAGUGAGCCCAAGACACAAAGAUCCACGCACAUCCUCACCCCACAGAAACUGCUGGACACGCUGAAGAAACUGAAUAAAACAGAUGAAGAAAUAAGCAGUUAAAUAAGCUGCUGCCCCCCCAGGCCCCCCCACCCCUGCCCCCGCCCCCCCCGCGGCCGCCCGCUGCCCCCUCCCGCCCCGGCUCUGCACGCACAGUCGCCGCCACGUUCUCGUGUUCCGUGACGCCCCUUCUCGUGUGAAACAGGAGAAAACGAUGCAUCGUGUGUUCUGGAAAGAGUGUCCUCCGGGCCCGGCCGGGGAGACGCCUGGGGACGCGGGGCCCCGCGGCCGGAGGAGCUGGGGGACGCCGAGUGACUGAACGCAGGCCUGGGGUGCAGCUGGGCUGAGCCGGCGUGGGGGGGGAGGGGUGUCCAGAAACCCGCGUGGGGUGGCUGCGGUUUCCAUCGGGAACCACCUCACCAGGCGCCCCCCCCUCGUCCCCCAGGAAGCAUCUCAGGCCUGAGACCCCCAUGCUCCUGGUCCCACUCCCCCCUGCUCGUCCCCGUCUGUGAGUGGAAUCAGGGCUGCCCUCAGCUUGCCCGCAGGGGUGACCAAGCUGCGGCCCCUCAGCCGCUGGCCCUGUCCACGCGCCAUGCAGAGGGGGAGGCAGCGUGAGGGUCCGUGAGCCCCCGCACCUGGAGGUCCUGCUCCCCCUCCCCCGGCAGUGCUUCCUGCCCUGGUGGGGUUGCCAGAAAGAGGGCUGGCCUGCCUCAGUUUCCCCCACCCCCAGGCACCCCCUCCCAGAGGCUUCCCGGCUCCUGGUUCCGAGUGGGUGGGGCGGCAUGUCCCCAGGCUGGGUGCCGGGAGCCCCCCGCCCCCCCCUCUUUGCCCCCCGAGGCUCCCCCUGGCCGCCCCGCCCUGCUGCCCUGUGGGUCGUGGAGGAGGAGGACAGCGGAAGUCACAGACGCCCCCCGCCCCGCCGCCGCGUGUGUGCUCUGUCUCGUGCCGUGCCGUCCUUGUCGCCGCGUGGUGCGUGCUCGUUCGGCGCUUUCCCUCCCGAGCCUGCUCCCGCCCCCUCCUCCAGGCGCCCCUGCACUCAGAUGAGUUGUCCCGCUCCCCUCCGUGUCCCCCGCCCGGCCCCCGCGAGCUGAUUUCCGUAGGACUCCACCGUAGGCCCCGCAUCGGUUCGUUUCCUGCCCCUUCCCGGAGCCGGCACCGCCCCCGUGUAUGGAACGUCGGUUUUCCUUUCUCUGUUAUUUAUAUCAAAAUAAUUUAUCAAAAGGAUAUUUUAAGAAAGCUAGUCCGUCUUGACACGUGUCUGCCUUGACGUGAGCAGCAUCUCGGUGUUUGGAGGAUCGAAGCACAAACCUGUAGCCCUGUACCGUUCUGUACCGCAGCGCUGAGUCCAAUAAAGAAACCUCCGUCUC